AUGGAAAAACAGUCCCCGGAACUGAAGGCCGGUCCGUCAGCGUCAGAGCCAGAGCCAGAGCCUGAGUGGAGCUCCGGAAAGGAGAGUUCGCAGUGGCGAAGACAGAAGGGAGCUUGGCUGAAAGCUCUGGCUGGGGUCGUGAUAGUGCUGCUUGGGUGCGCGACGUUGAAGAGGUGCUGGGGGAACUCGAGCAGAGAUGGGCUUCAUGGAAAGACUUGGUCCUUGGAUGCGAGUGAGGAGACGAGUGGGAAGGGGAGUAAAUACUUGCUGGGUGUUGGCAAGGCAGAUAUCACUGGACCGGUUGUCGAAAUCAACAUGAUGGGAUAUGCGGAUCCCGAUCAAGUCGGCUCUGGACUCAGGCAACGUCUCUACUCUCGAGCCUUCAUCGUAGGAGAUUUGAAGCGUCCGGAGGAUCGAUUCCUUUACCUAGUCCUUGAUACACAGUCUGGAGACACUGCAGUUAGAUAUGGCAUCCUGGAAGGCUUGUCCAAGCUCGGACCUGAAUUUUCGAUGUAUGCACAGAGCAAUGUUGCCGUGACAGGAACCCAUUCGCAUUCUGGUCCGGGGGCUUGGUUGAACUACUUGCUGCCUCAAAUAACCAGCAAAGGAUUUGAUAAGCAGAGUUAUAGGGCUAUUGUAAACGGUGCUAUCCUCUCCAUCGAGAGAGCUCAUCGGAGCUUGCAGCCGGGAUACUUGAGUGUGGGGUCCACCAAAGUUUAUGGCGCCAAUAUCAACAGAAGCUUGUAUUCUUAUCUCGCUAAUCCGGAGAGCGAGAGAGCAAAGUAUAACGAGAGUGCCGAGGACGAUGGCUCGGUUGAGAAAACCUUGACGCUCCUCAGAUUCCAACGUGCCUCCGAUGGCAAGAAUACGGGUGUGCUCACUUGGUUCCCUACGCAUGGGACUUCGAUGUUGGGGAACAACACUCUUAUCUCGGGGGACAACAAGGGCGUUGCAGCGGAUUUGUUCGAGAAGAGCUUCUCGGUUGAAGACAAUGUUGCUGAUGGGUUUGUCGCUGGGUUCUCCCAGGCCAAUGUUGGAGAUACCAGUCCGAAUGUUCUUGGAGCUUGGUGUGAAGAUGGCUCUGGCAAGGAGUGUAGCUUUAGAAACAGCACUUGCAGCAAUGGCAGAAGUCAAUUCUGCCAUGCUCGUGGACCCUUCUUCCGAGUCAAGGACAACGGAGCAUCCUCUUGCUAUGAGAUUGGCAAGAGACAGUUCGAGCCUGCAAGGGCUCUGUACGAUCAUCUUGAUGAGAAGGGAAUACCCAUCAGUGGAUCUUCCGUCAAGUCAUUCCACACAUUCCAAGAUAUGUCAAAUUUCAGCUUCCCUUUAGCCAAUGGAAGCUACGCCCAUACCUGUCCAGCGGCACUGGGGUACUCCUUCGCGGCAGGAACAUCUGAUGGACCUGGUGCUUUUGACUUCACUCAGAACGAUCCUGAGUCUCCCAGUGCCUCACCUGUCUGGAGAGUGGUCUCGGGGUUGAUUAAGGAGCCCACCGAGGCACAAAAGCGCUGCCACUAUCCCAAGCCUAUACUACUGGAUGUCGGAGAGCUUCAAUCUCCGUACCUUUGGACACCUAAUGUAGUCGAUAUCCAAGUCUUGCGGGUUGGUCAGUUCGUGAUCAUCGUUAGUCCAGGAGAGGCUACUACAAUGGCUGGUCGUCGCUGGAAGGAGGCCAUUCAAAACUCUGCCUCCUCGCUUACACUGUCCGGCUCUUCGUCCGUCGAUCCUGUAGUAGUUAUCGGUGGCCCAGCAAACAGUUAUACCCAUUACAUCGCUACACCAGAAGAGUACGGCAUCCAGCGCUACGAAGGUGCUUCCACACUCUAUGGCCCACACACACUAAACGCCUACAUCAACCUCACACUCAGCUACCUCCCCUACCUCGCCCCAUCCUCCACAUCCCGCCUAUCACCAGGUCCCUCCCCACCCAACAACGUCAACCGCUCCCUUUCCUUCAUCACCGGCGUCGUCUACGACCGCACACCCUACUUCAAAACUUUCGGCGCCGUAAAAACCGACGUCAGACCCGCCUACACCAUCGGCGACGUCGUGUCCGCCACCUUCGUCGGCGCCAACCCGCGCAACUCCCUCCGUCUCGAGGAGACGUACGCCGCGAUCGAGAAGCUCGUCCCGGAGCCAAUUCGGUGGGAGAGGGUCCGUGACGAUAGCGACUGGGCCUUGGUCUUCAGCUGGAAGAGGACGAGCAAAAUCCUGGGGACCAGCGAGGUCCAGAUUUUGUGGGAGACGGAGGAGUGGGCGGAGGCUGGGCGUUAUCGGAUUAGGUAUUUUGGGGAUGCGAAGGCGUUUGGUGGGACAGUUACGGCGUUUGAGGGCAUGAGUGCUGAGUUUGUUUUGGCGUGA